AUGAACCUUGACUUUUCUUCGGGCAGACGCAAGACCAUUAAGUUUCGUACGAGAAACUUUUCGAUCGAAGACGAAAGGUAUUGGGUGAGUGAGUGGGAUGAAAGGCAUCGUAGGCUCUGCCGAUUCUAGAUCCAGCCGUCGAGAUGCACUUCCGUAGACAUGUCAUCGCGGGAAAUCAUCAACAAACUGAACGAAAUGGAACAGGAAGUACACCUCACUUUCGUCUGGUCCUUUUUAAAGUGUAAUUUUAGGAAAAGCUCUUCAUCACUUAUGACGUCAUCGAACGGAAUCCAAAGUUCGCCACUGUCGGCGGUUCGAUAUUCGAAUUCAUCAACAACUCGAUGCGACCUAUUCUCAAAUGUCAUUUAUCGCAAUUGAAAGACACAAACAUGCUGCACUUAAUCUCAUCCGCCUUCUUCAAGAGGUACCUCAUCCCCGGCUCCCGUUAAUAUGUAGGCAACAAAAGUGUAGCUCAGGAGCGACCUCCACGAAAUCUGGGCCAAGUGCGAGUACCCUAUGUAUGCCGGAUUGCUUGUGGUUUGUCAUUGAAUUUGAUUUGCAAAUGGAGAAUGAGAAGUGGGAAGCCUUUCGUUCAGGUCUACGUCAGUAACAAGAUGAGAAAGCUGUUUUUGGAGCAGCACGAGCCAGUCAUCGCGGAGGCUUUUGAAAAAAUUCAGGAGUGAGUCAACAAGCACGGUGAUUUUUUCUGGAGGCACAGUGGAGAGAGGAAGAAAAUUCGGCUCUAGUCCCGUGAACUGACGGCCGGCGGCGCGCUCCCCAAGCCUUUUUCCGCGCGCCAAAACUUCUGAUGCGUGCUGUUCGAAGAAUACUGACUUAUUUUUCCUAAUUUUUUGGAGAUAGUGGCCGCGGGGCGAGGGACUAGAAACCUCCGCGAGACCCCAAACAGAAAUCACCGUGACAAAAGCUUUCGACACCGGUCACAAGAUUAAUUUGUGAUCAUCUUCUCAGCACGUUCGACGACGAAUGUACUGCGCUACUGGAUCAGUGCUUUCACAGCAGUGAAAGGGACACUCGGUCGGUGCUGGACACGAAUUAUCAUCUGUUCAUUCAUACUGAUGGAUGUCCGGCCGCCGACGAAGAUAUGGAGGUGAUGGCGUUGGCAGCGGCGGCGAAGGCAAAGGUGCAUUGGGAGAGAGGAGAAGCGCCAGAGAUUGUUAAUUGCAGAACUUCCUGUCGCAUCCUGCUUGCCAGCGAGAAAUUGACUUCCGAUGGCAGCCGGGAUUCAAAUUAGGACAAGUGAGUGUUUAAGAAUAGAUGUUUGUAAAGUAGACGAUAAGGGGAUCUUCGGAGGGAAUCCUAACAAUCGGUUUCAGAUGGCGUUCUGUCUGUUUUUCUUUUUCCCGCCUCUUUUUUUCCUUCGCGGACGACAAAGAAUGAAGAAGAGGGAAAUCAAAACGAUGAUGCUCAAGAUGGAUCGGUCUGGUCAUAUGACGUCAAUCACUUACAGGUCCUUUGAUCCUCACUAACUUUCUUAAUUCUCCUCAAUUUCCAGUAACUUUCUCAUCCGCGUCUACAAUUUCUACACAUCCCCUAAUGCGAAAUACGUCAUUCAUACCGUAUUCCGUUUGAUUUACGUGUCAUUCUAUGCGUAUGUACUGAUGACGAUGACCCGCAAAACAAUGGUAAUGAACGAAUUGGACGAGUUCCUGGACGAGAUGGCAAUCAUCGUUUGGCAGUGUGCCUAUCUGACCGAAAUGGCGGUGCUAGUCUAUCAAAACGUAUCUGGAAGAUCCGGAAAACAUGGGCAAACAUCUAAAGUUUAGGGUUUCUACUGUUGGGCGCAAAGGAACACGGCCGAUCUCUACAGGAACUUCCUGGUCGCCUCCACGUUGAUUGCCUGGUCCCUGGCAGUCAUCGCACCUCCGUCGUGGCCAAUUCGUGCUUUUGCAAUCAUUUCAGCCGACUUAUUCUUCUACUUCUCGUUCGUUUUCGCAACUCUCCGACUCAUGAAAAUCGCCAACGUUGAUGCCUUUUUUGGCUCGAUUGUACUGAUGAUCAAGAAGAUGGUACGGUUUGAAACGGCGAUUUGGAUGGAUGGAAAGGGUGUUCAGAUUCCGAUCAUGGUCAAAUUCAUGUUUGUCUUCAUGGUCUUCUGGUUCACUUACGCCGUCUGCCACAUCAGUUUGGCCGGUCAUCUCAAGAGCACUCCGAACAUAACCGACGUCGUGUGGCCGUGGCUGAUCUUCAGCAGCGGCGCAUUUGAAAUAUUCGGAGAAGCUGACGAAGAAGAUAAAUUAGGUUGAAAACGCGGAAACAUCAGUCAAAUAAUCAUUUUCCAAUUGAUAGGAACCGUCAGUAAGUGCUCUUCGGCGCCUCUGAACUGGGACGUCAUCACCGAUUCUUCCGUACAGUGCUGGUUCAAGGUAGGCCCGCAAUUUCUUGAUAUUCUUCAAUUCAAUUUCACGAAAUCCUCCAGACGAGCAUGAUUCCCGUCUUCCUCUUCUGCUACAUGUUGGUCUCCAGUGUUCUUCUCGUCAAUCUGGUCACCGCUCUCUUAUCGUUCGUUUGUUUAUUGGGCGCCGGAAGCCCCGAAAAAGAAGUUGAUAAACGUUUAAAUUUCUAGGAAGAAAUACGAGGACAUUGACAAAGUUUCGCAUAUUUACUGGAAAUAUAAACUGUACAGUCGACUAAUUGAGUGAGUCGGGGACUGAAGAACCAAAGAGAAAAGUAAAGUCCGUUAAGGUACGAAGAGAAAUUGUGGAUUCCCGCUCCGUUGUCACUUGUUUUCUACAUUCUCAAGACGUUCUUCUACUUCCUUUCCAAAGUUCCAAUUAUUGGAAUACUUCCUCGUUACUUUAUGAAAGUUUUGAGUUACUUUGAAGGAAAGAAUUACGCGAAGGAACGAAGAAAAAACAGAAAAUACGAGGCUGUUGUGAACGGACUCAUCACGGACGAAAACCGAUGGAAUGGGCCGACGGAAGACGAUAAAAAAGCGGUGCAAUUAGUGAAAGAACAGAUGCUCGUUAUGGUAAACUCAGAAAAAGAAUGGAGAAAAGAUAAGGAAUACUGGAUUUUCAGGAAGCGGAUCAAAAAAGGAAACGGUACGAGACGGACCUGAUCAGGCGCAGAUUCGAGGAGAUCAUGGGCGAGAUAGAGAACACGAACCGGUUCCGGAGAAUACGAUCUCAGACCUUUUCCACGUGA